CAGAACUGGAAGCGAGGGGCAGAGUUAUUGAUAGAUAUUAUAUAGAGACAUGAUGUCUAUGGAGAGCACGGUGAGUUGCGUAACAUUGUGUAACGUUUUUGACAUCAUGUGGUGAAAAAUUAUCGCAUAUAUUAAGUUCAGCGUUUAUCUGCUAAAUAUUUAAUUUGUGCUUAAACUUUAUCAUAUUAUUGAAGCUUGAAUAUGUUGUCAUACUAUAUUGUAUUAAAAAACAAAAUCUACGGAUGGUUCGAUACAUUUUUGCGUGUUGUAAAUGGGCCUUGCAGUGACGUUUUGAAGACAUCUUGUGAAGGUGUUAAAGUGUUUGUUCCACAUUCCUCUGUUAUGCAUUGUUUGUGAGUUAAUGUUACCUUAUAGUUGAGGGUUUUUUUAAGUUGAGAUUAUUGUGUGGUGCUUUCAUCUCUUGUAGAGACAUAUAACGAUUCAGAGAGGUGACUCGUUACCUGAGCUGCAGGAUUGUCAUGAUAAAAUGGGCCUAGGGGUGAAUUGGUCAUUUGUUGUAUACAUUUUUAUUGUUUCUUUUAAAACAAUGCUGAAUUUUCUCUCUUUUUUAGUUUUUUGACAUGUUUUAUUUUACAUAAAGAAAAAUGCAUGCUGCACAUGUUCUUGUGAAAUAAAGUAUAUUUUAUAUAAAAUGCCCAUAAGUUUCAAGCAUUAUUUUUCACCAUCAUGAUCAGGAAGUAACUCUCAUAAUACAAUGAAACUGAUAACUAUAUACAAUUAUAUUACACAAGAUCAAUGUUUUAAAAUACUUUAUACGUAUGUUAUAAUGAUACAUUAAGGUAUUGUACUGUACCUUAAUGUAUCAUAACAUACGUAUAAAGUAUGACGUUUCGUGUGUAAUAAAAGCAAACUACGCUCCAAAACGUUAGGUGGCGCUACUCUGUUUAGAACGUAAGCUCCGCCCCUCACUUCCGGUUCUGGCGCUGGGGUUCUGAAACUGGUGGUGCUGCGGGUCUGCAGCUGGAUACUAUUGUGGCAAACUCAGCAUGAAAGUGUGGCAGUGUGCCCUUGCCCUCGAAGAGCCUUUGUCGCCCAAAACCCUUUUGCCAGUUUGUGGUUUGUCCCUCCUCGGACCACUGUCGGAAUGGUACUCACCACUGCUGAUCGAGAGCACCCACAAGCCUUGUCGUCUGGCCAUAACAAUUUGGCUCUUGUCAAAGUCACUCAGUUCUUUACUCCUGCACAUUUCUCCUGCAUUCAACACGUUGACUACGAGAACUGAUCGCUUACCAUCCAAUCUACCCAGACCUUGGUAUGUGGCCUUGUUAAGAGAUGAUCAACGUUAUUCGCUUCACCUGUGAGUGAUCAUAAUGUUUUGGCUUAUCAGUGUAUAUCCCCCAGAACCAGAACUAUCCGUUUUAUAAAAAAAAUAAAAAUAAAACCGUGUUGCCUGUGUGUGUUCAUGUGCAAUAUAGUUGCCACACUUUUUAUUCUAGUGGAUAUUUCUCAGGGAAGAUUUAUUUUUGAAAGUCAAUUUUUGUGUAGGCAAAUUUUUGACGAGAAUGAAAGCGAGGCUGUGAGAAAAUACUUGCUGUCUGUUCAGUGGCAUGUAAUAUAUAAGCAUCUAGUAACAUCUAAUUUUCACAAAUAGUUUUUUGUCUACUGAUUUUGUUUUUCAUUCUUUUUUGGAAAGAUGCUUUUUUCAAUGUUUUGUCUGCAGAACAAUCAAAUACAACUGUAAACAACAGUACAACCCAUUGCUGUGACUGUAAAUCGAUCCCUUACAUUCUCGGUUUCAUUCCCUUAACAAAAAAAAAAUCACAUCAUCUCUCUUCCACUCCUCUGAAUAAGGUCUUUUGAACAUUUCCACCAUUGUUGCCAAGUAGUAAAAAAUACAGUUCAUUUAACACAAUUUAUGUAACCCAAUAGCUGGCCAUGUUGUCACAAUUUAUGAGAUUGGAAGUCACAAGGGGAAACGGGAUAACAUUUAAAUGGAUAAACAAUUAUGAAACAGAAUCAAUUCACAAAAAAUGUGAAAGGUUAUAUAAAAAAUAUCAAAUAAUUGGCCAUCGGAUAUGGUAAUCAAUAAACUGUAUAGAAUUAGAGCACACAAAACAAGUGAAAACUUGCCCCAAUCAAAAUAUGUCAACCUACCCUGAUUUUUACCAAACAAUACCCCUGUCCUGAGAACAGUUACACCAAAGUCCCUUUCAAAGCAAGUCAGUCCACUCAGCAUUUUUCAUUAAACUGAGAUAUAGCCCUUGUGACAACCUCCCCAUGUGAAAGUAGCCCGAUCUCAUAACUAAUAUUCUCUGAACAAGAUUGUAUUAUUUGCACUAAUAGUAGAGGGCAAAGGUUAUUCUGCUAACACUUUACACUAAGAUUCCAUUUGUUAUUACAUACAUUAGUAAUGCAUUAGGUAUCAUGAACAAACAAUGAACAAUAUAUUUUUUCAGCACUUAUUAAUCUUAGUUAAUGUUAGUAAUACAAAUACAAUUGUUAGUUCAUGUUAACUAAUGUUGUAAACGUAUGUUAUCAAAUGUAACUUUAUUAAAGUGUUACCCUCAUUACUUUAGCAGAGAAUAUUUCCCAUCUGUUGGUUAUCAGUCAGAACAUGUUCCUGCAGUGUUCCUUUGGAACCAGUGACAUUGCAGUCAGGGUGAUAAGAACACAUGAUGGGCACACCUUCCUUAUAACUUUACAGCACGAGUUCAGCACCUCUAGGGAGCAUUCUGAUGCAACUCUUAAACAAGUAACAUUUUGCCACUACUUUCAGUAUGUUGGCUUGACAAAUCCACUAUACUCUUAUUGUACAAACUGUGGUUAGCAUCUUGAGUCUGUUAUGAUUGAGUGUGCUACUGUACAAUUUUUCUAACCGAUCGGAACAGUUUUCUCGUAGAUGACAAUUAAAUAUCCGAAAAAUCCAAUCGAUACAGAAUUCCAUUGAAAAUUUGAGUUCAUUUUAGUUUAGUAAAAGUUACUGUAUAUCCACAAAACUCAGCACAGUUCUUAAGGCUAUAUUAUGAAUUGCAUUAUUUUUAGACUUACACUUAAGCAAACACAUAUCAAUGCCCUAGCAACCACGAAGAACAUUUUGACAACUGCCUAGCAACCACACAGAUGCUUUAACCUUCAAAUCUCUCUUCAAACAGCCCAAUUAUUCAAAAUACCCUUCUAAAUUUAAAAUCUCAUUUAAAACAUUUUGAGUAUUCAAACAACUAAAGAUUCAUACCCUUCGAGUUAACUCCUCUACAUUUAAUAUACAGUCAUAAAGUAGCUUCCCCAACACUAUUUCUCAACAAAUGUGUGCUCCAAUGCAGUAUUAAUCUUAUCAAAGCCUAGAUAUCCAGUUUUACUUCAUGCAAUCUUUAUCACGAUGACCCAUUCUAAUUUCACAUGACCAAACUCAUUUCAGCUACAACCUUGUUUUUAUACAUUUUAUAAAUAACUAGAAAAAAUAUAUUUGUUCAACUUUAUCAACAGUGUGUCAAAGCAUAAAUUGUUUAUUCAGUCAAAGAAGAUUACAGAUUGUGAGACAAUCUUCCUGGCGAAGUGUGAACUGCAGAUAAUGAAAGCAAAGAGUGGAUUAUAAAGGGGGAGUGUGCCUCUGAUUCACUAAGAGAACAAGCCUCAGCAGGAGAUUGGACCUUACCUUUAACCUUAGCACCCUGCUUGAUCUAAUCACAGGUCAAAGUCCCUUCCACGAGGCACUAUCAACAGUGUCUGUUUGUGCUGCUAACUCUUUCUCUAAGCUCUUCAUCCUCUAUCCAUUUACUGUUCUCCUUGGACCCUUGAGGACCUAGUGCCACAUCAUGUUUCCCCGUCUGUUGGUCCUGCUCCUGCUGUGCAUCUCCAGGGGCUUUGCUGCCACGCUCAUCCAGGCCUCUGUUGAAGGGACUGCAGCUGAUGGGUCUGUUUUGCCCAGAGCUGAGGCUGAUGAGGCCUCAGUUAAUAACCCAGCUGCUGGAGACUUCCAGGCCGAAGACAUACUCUUGGCAAAUGCCCAUGUGGAGGAAAAACCUGCAGAGACCCAAGAACCAGAAGAUGAUUCGGACUGGGGCUUCAACUCUAUCAGGGGGGGCUUUCAGUCAAUGAAUGGCUAUUUUGACUCCAUACUAGAACUGAUGGGAGGCAAGGAUGGUGUGUGUCAAUACCGCUGUAGAUAUGGUAAAGCUCCUCAGCCUCGCUCUGGAUAUCAGAUGCCUGAACCUGAUGGUUGUAGCACUACACUGCUUGGCUUCCAGGUACCAGACAGUUUUGAUAUGGGUGUCCCCGCCAUGACCAAAUGCUGUAAUCAGCUUGACGUUUGCUACGACACCUGUGGCUCCAGCAAGUACCGCUGUGACACCAAGUUCCGUUGGUGCCUCCACAGCAUCUGUGGCGACCUCAAGAAGAGUCUGGGUUUUAUGUCAAAGGUUGAAGCAUGUGAGACAUUUGCUGAUACCAUGUAUAACACAGUGUGGACUUUGGGAUGCAGGCCCUUCAUGAACAGCCAGAGGGCAGCGUGCUAUUGUGAAGGAGAACAGAAAGAUGAGCUGUGAAGACCUUUCUUCAAACCACUAAAACACACCAUCUUCAACACCUACGAACACUGUACAUGUUUUAAAGGACUCCACUAAGGGGGGCAGUAUUAGGGUGAAUCUCACUAAACCUCAACUGAGUUAUUUUCUAUAGAUACUCAAUACUGUAGGCUACUAGAGUACCUUCACUGUAAAAAAUUAUAAUAUAAUUGAUAAAUUAAUAAAAAUAGUAAUUUGAUUUUGAAUUUAUAUCUGCAUAAAUGAAAGGCAGUAAAGCAAAUACUAGUGUGAUGCUUACAUUAUUUAUGUAAAUAUAAGUUUUGAGAAUUACAGUAAUGAGAAUGAGAUUUGUUUUAUUUUUAUUAUUUUAAAAGAAUGAGGGGAUGGGUGCUUAAUUGCUUAAAGGUGCACUAAAUAAAGUUGAACUCCUAAAGAUAUGAAUUGUAAUUUUGCAAUAUAUGUGGGAAAUCAUGACCACACACAUUAAAAUGAAGACUCCAGUCAUAUCAGUAACCUUAAAAAAGCUGUUUUAUUCUACAUGGUGAGGGUCCACACAUGGGGUCGGCCAUGUUAGAAUCACAUGACCAGCCGAAUACUACUGGCUUAAUCUCAGUAACAGUCCUGAUGUUUGACACUUUCACUCAUUGAUUAAAGUAAUCAUGACUGACUGUGAAUAUUACAUUUCAACAAUGACAUCUGAAACUGAAAACUAUUGAUUUUAAAUUACGUGUAUGAUCCAAUAAUGAUCCAAGCCACUAGGUGUCAGUGUAAAGAUACUCUACACUACACACUACACUUUGCGCUCCAUUCACUCCCAUUCAAACGCAUCAAGUGCAGCAGAUUGGAAAUGCAAAAAAUGUUGUUCUAUGCUGCAUGCCAAAGUUCAAGCUUGGUGAACUCUAAACCGUGAAUUUGUACCACAAGUGGACACGUGACCACUAGGAGAUUGAAGCGUCACACGCUGAACUCUUGGCUCCAUUCAGAGGAUACAAUUUAAAAGGAUAAAGAUGCGAGAGUGAGCUGGCAGUAUACUUGAACAAUUUCAAUAAAAAAAUUUAUUUUAUUUGUGAUUUAUUAUUUACUUACACCAGAAGCCCUCCCGUGUGACAUCAUAUCCUGGUUCGUGCCAUUUUCCAAUAAAACAAUGGGUGUGCUUGAAGCCUAGUGUGACCGUCCCUUCAGUCCAAGAAGACACAAAGACUACGUUUACAGAGUGCACCUUUUAUAUUAUUGUCACAAUGCAUUCAAUGUUAAUGGUCCUUAAAAAGGUUUAAGUUCCUGGCAGGUUUUGUGAGAUUCACUUUUUAACCCUUGAACUGGUGCUAGUUGAUCCGUUUUAGUAAAUAAAAAAAUAAUGAAUGAAUGGCAUGUUUUGAAAGUAUAUCUUUCAAACAUAUUUGUAGUUUGUCACUGUAUGCAAUGUUGUCAUAUUGGAAAACAUAUUAUCAAUAAGAAAUAUUGUCUCAAAAGCCUUUAUAAUUGUAAAAAAUAAAUAAAAAGCAGAAGAGAAGAGAAGAAACAGGCAAAUGGCAUCACAAACUUUCCACAAUAACUGACGGGCUUAUAUGGUAGUAUAAGACAAAUAUUGAAUGUAUUUUUAAGCAACACUGUUCCAAACUGAAUUGAAUCUGGCUGUAUUUCCAGUUAAAUGGACAGUUAAAUGUCCAAUGAAUGGAUGCUGUUUUAAUCAUUAAUUAAAGGUUAAGGUUGGUUAAGGUCUUUCUCUAUUAUCUGUGGUAAUGAUAGGCUAUUUAUGUACACAAUAUUUGAUUGUUUGUAUAUAUUACGCUAAAAAUGGAAACGUUCAUCUCAGCCAAAUAGUCUUUUUGUUUUUUCCUUUAAAGGUAAUUAAACUUUAAAUCGAUAUUUUACUUGAUCGAACCUUGGUAAUACACAGGAACAUGUUUAUUGCACUGUGAGAAACAAUAAAACUUCA